GAGGUAAUUCCUUAUCAUCUCUCCACAUCUCCCAUUCUGUCUGAGGGAACUGCUUUAAUGGAAGCUCAGAUGAAGAGGAACUCCAUAGACAGGAUAAGAAACCUGGACAGCAGUGCAUCCUCACAAGUACCACCCCAAGCCCAUGGAUCACAGCCUUCUGCUGAAACAUCACCAGUCUGUAGCUCUGUGAAAAAAAGGAGGAAAAAGAGGAGGAAGUCUACCCAUAAAAUAGACAGCUUAAAAAGAGAGGACAAUGGAGACACAUCAGAAGAUGAAGACAUGUUUCCUAUAGAGAUUAGCUCAGAGGAAGAAAAAGAACCAUUGGACAAUUCAAGGAUCCUCGUUCCAGAUGUGUUUGUUGAUGAAGUAUCUGACAUAAAGGCUCCUGCAGUUUCUACGUUUUCUCAGUCUGCAUCUUACCCUCGUUCAGAUGGAGAAUGGUCACCUCUUCAAAGUAAGCCUAUAGAUUGCACAGGGCAAUCCUCUCUUCUCACUGUUCCAGCAGACGGAGGCCUAUCUAACUCUUGUCCUCAACAAUCUUCUCACUUUUCUCCUCCAGACAGCCCAUCAGGUUCACGCCCUCCUACUCCUAAAAGUGACUCAGAAUUAGUCAGUAAACCUAUGGAGAGAAGUGGACUGAAGAAUAAUCCCCACAUGCACUGGGCCUGGGGAGAGCUACCGCAGGCUGCAAAGGCCAGUUCUCUGCUUAAAGCAAAGGAACCCAGCAUGGUGGAUGUAAAUCCUUCUGAAAGCACUCACUUUCGGGUCAUCCAAAGUUCUACUAUAGAGGACUUCAACACUGUGUCUCCUCUGCCUGCCCUUGGACAAGCAGAUGCAGCAAAUGCUGAUGAAAGCGAGCCCUUACCGGCUGAGACAAAUAAGCCAGAGACAGAGUCUCCAGGAGCAGCUGUACCACCAUUGCCUGCCAGUGAAGAAGUAAAACAAGCUGCAGCUUGCUCAGCCCAACCAGCUGUCAAGACAGAUUCCCCUUCCAGAAAGAAAGACAAACGAAGCCGGCAUCUUGGUGCUGAUGGUGUCUAUUUAGAUGACCUCACAGACAUGGAUCCAGAAGUUGCUGCACUUUAUUUCCCCAAGAAUGGGGAUGCUGUCCAAAGCAAGAACAUGAACGACGCGGGGCCGCGGUCCGCCAGUCACUCUCCGCAGUCUGUUGGGAGCUCAGGUGUUGACAGUGGAGUUGAAAGCACCUCGGAUGGAAUUCGAGAUUUGCCCUCCAUUGCCAUUUCUCUCUGUGGAGGCCUUACUGACAACAAAGAAAUAACCAAAGAAGAAUUCUUAGAACAUGCAGUAACGUAUCAGCAGUUUGUGGACAAUCCUGCUAUCAUUGACGACCCUAACCUUGUGGUUAAGAUUGGAAAUAAGUACUACAACUGGACAACAGCUGGUCCCCUUCUGCUGGCAAUGCAGGCAUUCCAGAAACCUUUGCCAAAGGCCACUGUGGAAUCUAUAAUGAGGGACAAGAUGCCCAAAAAAGGUGGAAGGUGGUGGUUUUCAUGGCGAGGGAGGAACAGCACUAUUAAAGAGGAAACAAAGCCAGAGCAAGGUAUGAGUGGGGGUGGACUUACAGGAGAAGACUCUUCACAGAUGAGCAUGGCAAACAGAAUAAAAGAUGAAUCUUCUUCAAGCGACGAAGACCCUAGAGCUGCCAAACAAAACCUCGGGUCAUUACAAACCAGCUCAAGUCAUCUCUCAUUAUUGUCUGGAAUCAGUUACAAAAAAACGCUUCGACUCACUUCUGACCAGCUUAAAAGCUUAAAGCUGAAGAAUGGCCCCAAUGAUGUGACCUUUAGUGUUACAACACAGUAUCAAGGCACUUGCCGCUGCGAAGGCACCAUUUACCUAUGGAAUUGGGAUGAUAAAGUUGUUAUUUCGGACAUUGACGGAACAAUCACACGGUCAGAUACUUUAGGUCAUAUUUUGCCAACUCUUGGCAAAGACUGGACACACCAAGGGAUUGCGAAGUUGUACCAUAAAGUGAGCCAAAAUGGAUAUAAAUUUUUGUAUUGCUCAGCACGUGCUAUUGGAAUGGCAGACAUGACCAGAGGAUACUUGCACUGGGUCAAUGAACGAGGAACUGUGCUGCCUCAAGGGCCAGUGUUGCUGAGUCCAAGCAGCUUAUUCUCAGCUUUUCACAGGGAGGUGAUAGAAAAGAAGCCAGAAAAAUUUAAAGUUCAGUGUUUGACAGACAUCAAGAAUUUGUUUUACCCUAACACAGAACCCUUUUAUGCUGCUUUUGGAAACAGACCUGCU